ACGGUGCGUUCAGAACGACUUUGGAGCGUGUCGCGUGUGGAGGUGUUCGGUGCUACAUAUUGCAGUGAUCGUGUUCGACUUUAAUUUAGUGGUAAGCAUUAGCGAAACGCUGCCUACCUGCGAGUGCCCACGGUGCGGAUACGUUACGAGCAAAUAGCCUGUGAGUGAGUUUAUACGAGCGUAUUGCGCGUGUGCUAUCGCUGUAACACGGACGCAAGUGCAUUUACAAUAAAAUUGUCGUAAUUAUUAUAAUUUAAACGUUUGUACGUUGUGGCCGAGGCUAUGCAAACGCUUUAAUUGUGUGUAGUAUACGUUUGUGCCAGUGUGAAUUGCAUGGAAACCGUAGUAGUGUCAAAAAUUAAAUUCGAAAUUUUGUGUAAAUAUUACCAAAGCAAUUAUAUACUGGAUAUUAAGGAGCCGUUAUUGACCGUUGAGCCGAAGAAAGUUUUUAUGGCACGGACGUUUUGAACCAAGAUUAUUGAGUGUUAUUAUUUGAAUAUUUAUUAUAAUUACGGUGUAAAAACCCAAAACAGCAAAAAAUACUCACAACAACAGCCUUCCGUGACUUCAACCGCAUACCGUACAAAACAACACUGAAAUUAACAAGGUCAAAUAGGGAAAACUACAUUCGUUUGUAAAAAUGUCGAAACUUUGGGCCGCCUUAACACGUCGAAAAACGGAUGAUGUCGUGGAAAACGAAUCACAAUUGGCGCGUGUACUCAAUCUCUUCGAUCUGACUGCACUGGGUGUGGGCAGUACUCUCGGUCUGGGCGUAUACGUGCUCGCCGGUUCGGUCGCCUACAAUAUCGCCGGUCCAGCCGUGACCAUAUCCUUUCUCAUUGCGGCGAUUGCAUCCGCUUUCGCCGGCAUUUGUUAUGCCGAAUUCGCUGCACGUGUGCCAAAAGCGGGAUCUGCCUACGUGUACAGUUAUGUAACGAUUGGCGAAUUCGUAGCGUUCACGAUUGGUUGGAAUUUGAUAUUGGAAUAUGUGAUCGGCACCGCCAGUGUGGCACGCGGUCUGAGCGGCUACUUUGACGCGCUGAUCGGUAAUAGCAUGUCAAAGGCGCUGCAGGAGGCUAUACCUAUGCAUGUGGACUUCUUAGCAAAGUAUCCAGACUUCUUAGCCUUCGGUGUAAUUUUGCUGCUGGCGGCGUUACUUGCCUUUGGUGUGAAGGAAUCUAGUUUCUUGAAUAAUAUUUUCACAGCGGUAAAUUUGGUCACUAUUGCCAUAAUGUUUGUUGCUGGUGCCAUAAAUGCUAAUCCCGCUAACUGGAGUAUACCAGAAGAUAAGGUGCCCACAGAUAAAAAAGAUACUUUCGGCUCUGGCGGUUUCAUGCCAUACGGUAUUGCCGGUGUUAUGGCUGGUGCGGCGAAAUGUUUUUACGGUUUUGUAGGCUUUGAUUGUAUAGCAACCACCGGUGAGGAGGCAAUAAACCCCAAGCGCAAUAUUCCACUCGCCAUCGUUAUUUCGUUGAUCAUCAUUUUCCUGUCUUACUUCGGCAUUUCAACGGUACUUACUAUGAUGGUGCCUUACUACGAAUUGGAUAAAGAUGCACCAUUCCCGAAAGCUUUUGAUGACAUUGGCUGGUCCGUUAUUAAAUGGAUCGUUACAAUUGGCGCUGUUUUUGCCUUGACCACAAGUUUGUUGGGUGCUAUGUUCCCUUUACCGCGUGUUCUCUAUGCCAUGGGUAAUGACGGUAUUCUUUUCAAAUCGUUUUCAAAAGUACAUAACUACACCCAAACACCAUUGUUGGCAACAAUUAUUUCCGGAAUUUUCGCUGGUAUUAUGGCGCUCAUUUUCGAUUUGGAUCAGCUAAUCGACAUGAUGUCUAUCGGUACACUACUUGCCUACACAAUCGUAGCGAUUUGUGUGCUCGUACUGCGCUAUCAGGAUGAAGAUAUGGAUACCAAGACAAUCUCCCUCAGUUGUCCCAAGGUUAUACGUCAAUUCUUCAAUGGCAAUUCGUAUCGUGAACCGAAUUUAUUCACAUCACGUAUUACCAAAAUUGGCAUCGUAGUAUUUGCGGUGGUGUGCAUCGUCUGGGAUAGUGUUGAAUCGUUUUGUGGCCUAACUUCAACAGCCGGUGCGAUAGCGCUGGGUAUUAUUGGUUUGUUGCUCAUAUUUAUUGUGGUUAUAAUCGGCAUGCAACCGGUCUCGACAAUCGAAUUAACCUUUAAGGUGCCACUUGUGCCGUUCAUUCCCUGCUUAAGUGUGUUCGUGAACGUUUAUCUAAUGUUCCAAUUGGACUUUAAUACUUGGGUACGUUUCCUCGUAUGGGUUGCCAUUGGCUAUGCGAUCUACUUCAGCUAUGGUUUACGCAAUUCCACACAGGUAACAAGGAAUCGUAAUCAUGCCGAAGCAGCGAUAAGAAUGCAACACACGAAUCAGGCAUUCGAACCGGACUGGAAGGUGGAGAACGGUGUCAAUGGGGUUGUGGAAAAGCAGUAGUCGACGUUUUCUAAAACAAAACUAAAAUGAAAUGUUUUAGUUAAACAUUAAGCAGGUUUCUUAGAGAUUUAUUGCAUGUUGGCAACACUAUUUAUUACACAAAACUACAAACUUCCAUUGUUAACGAUUUUAAAUGUAGAUUUAAGCCACCGAUAUUUGUAUAAUAACUUCAGAUGUCUACAUUAUUUCAGGUCGCUUAAAAAAUUAGAAUUGUCCACAUAUAAUUGUUCCUUAGCGUAAAAAUGACAAUAACUGCUUUGAAACUGGAUUGCCACAGCUAUUUUAUAUAGCAACAAGCAGUGAACACCUAUGCUGUGUCUAUAUAAGUCAAGAGUAUGACAUUCCAACAUUUUAAACAAAAUUUAGGAAUUUUUAAAGUUUUUACUUUUUUUAACUUUUGUAUAAAUAAUUUAUUCUAUUUUACUUUAUUUGUAUUUUCUUUUUCUGUAUUUCUUGCCUUUCUUCUAAAUUUUACAAAACUACUUCUACUUGAAAAAAAAUCAUAGGAAUUUGUUAAAUAUGAAACCUAUAUAAGUGCGAGAGAGAUGAAUAGAUUGCGCAUAAAAACUAAACGUUUGCCAUUGCUGUCUAGUAUUUGAGUUGCAGUUUUUUCGUACACACUGUGAUGAAUGUUUUUUAAUAAUUUUAAAAAUGAUAUUUACGCAGUGCCCCAAUUUUUAUACAUUGCUAAUGCUCAAAUAUCCGAUUCGUUUAACUCCUGCCACAAGCAAUUACGUUGUUUUUAUGCGCCCAUUCCAUUGUGCUACAGUUACUUUCUUUUUAUUUACCUUUUCGUUUGUUGUCUAACAACUUUUUCCUAAACAACAUUAAUAGAAUUUAACGUUCUUCCGGCAAUUUGUGAUAUUGUACAAAUACAGUAUAUAUACCCUAGGUAAUUGAGAUUUUUUUUUCAAUUACCUGUCACAAUAAACAGUUUUGUAAAUAAGUUAAGUCGAUUUAAUGCUGAAACUGUAAAUAGGUAAAUAAAUGCAAGUGUAAUAUUGAAAAAAAUAAAUAAAUAAAAUAAAUAAAUGUAAAUUUAAAAAGGUAAUUAUAUAAUUCGAAAGCAUAGCAAAACAGUUGUUAAAUAUGUAUAAAUUGUAAUUUAUUUUCUAGUAAUUUUAUUAGUUAUAAAUGUAAACAAAUGUAUAUAUAUAUUGUAUAAUAAAGUAUUAAUUUUUAAAUUGAAA